GCUUGCAAGGUGAAGACAGCACCUCAGGAAGGUGGUCUGCUCCUGCGGCAGGAGGGGCUCACUUCCGGCCCUUGGAGAUGCUGUACCCAUCGUGAUGUUAAAGCAAAAUCUCUGACAGAUUUAGAUCACGUGUCAGAGGUUUGUGUCACAUUCCCAGCAAGGGAACCGGAGAGGAAAAGGAACCAGUUCCUCAUGCUUCCUAGGGGAAUGUGUGCAUAUCUGAAGAGAGGGGAAUCUUAUAUAAGGCUAUUUAGCUAAGGGCAGCCACCAGCCAAGUGAGCCUUACAGAAGCACAGGGCCGGGUGUCUGCAGUUCCCUAGCAGGUUAACCUGAGUCACAGUGAACUCAGUGGAACUGAGCAAGUACAGAUCUGAUUUUGCUCCAGUUGGGAGUAUUUUUCCUUCUUAGUGAGCAUGGGCAGCCUCCUGGCCAGGGAAGUCUAGCACUGUCUGGGCCUGGCAAGGAAACCCUGGGAGGACAGGAGGAUCCAGAGUAGCUGCUGCUCCUUACCAGCUGGGCUUAGUUCUUUCCGGAGACCCCUCUCUUGAAGCAAGACUCUGUAAGCCCUGCAGAGGUUCCCUGAGCACUUACCAAGGGAGGAGACAGAUUGGAUAAGGUUUGUUCAUGACUAAAAGUCACCCAGCCAAAUGCAGUGAUGCUUAACUGGGGAGCAUGUGGGACCCCGGAGAGCUGAAGGUCAGCAUGAGCUGUGAUCAAAGAGGGAGACAGCUGCCCUUCCUGCUACCACGGCCCUGGGCUGGACAAGUAGAGUGUGACCCUCCUCACAGCCAGCAGGGCCUGUCUGCAGGACAGCCUGGGAGUACAGAACUGUCCUGGGUCCCCACGUUUGGUUUUCAGGCCCUCUUCCUGGAGCUGGCUGAGUAGGGUUUCCAGGCAUCCAGCAGGGGGCACUGUCAUCUGGGCUGGAGCAUGCAGCCGGCAGGUCCCUUGUGCAGCCCAGCUGCCUUGGCUAAGGCCCAGCCAGGCCCAAGCGCUCAGGACAGAGGCUGGAGAGGCUCCUUCCUACAGCCCUGCUCUUGGACACAGUGCCCUCCAGCUCUAGUAGGCCAGGAGUUGAUGGGGCAACUGGCCCUGUUCCCUGGCCCUGGCUCCCCCUGCUCCCUGGGGCUGCCCGAGGUGAAGGUGACAGGUGGGGGAGGCAGGUGGAGAAUUGGGCCAGUGAGCUCAUGGCAAAGGCGCCCAGCUGGGCAGGGGUGGGUGCUCUGGCCUAUAAAGCCCCCGAGGCCCUGUGGCCUGCAGAAGCGGUUAUGGACGGCACCAUGGAGGACUCCGAGGCGGUGCAGAAGGCCACGGCGCUCAUCGAGCAGCGGCUGGCACAGGAGGAGGAGAAUGAGAAACUCCGGAGAGACGCACGCCAGAAGCUGCCCAUGGACUUGCUGGUACUGGAGGAUGAGAAGCACCACGGGGCUCAGAGUGCAGCCCUGCAGAAGGUGAAGGGCCAAGAGCGCGUGCGCAAGACGUCCUUGGACCUGCGGCGGGAGAUCAUCGACGUGGGCGGGAUCCAGAACCUCAUUGAGCUGCGGAAGAAACGCAAGCAGAAGAAGCGGGAUGCCCUGGCCGCCUCACAGGAGCCGCCCCCGGAGCCCGAGGAGAUCACUGGCCCUGUGGAUGAGGAGACCUUCCUGAAAGCCGCGGUGGAGGGGAAAAUGAAGGUCAUUGAGAAGUUCCUGUCUGACGGGGGAUCAGCUGACACGUGCGACCAGUUCCGUCGGACAGCACUGCACCGAUCCUCCCUGGAAGGCCACGUGGAAAUCCUGGAGAAGCUUCUAACUAGUGGAGCCACUGUGGACUUCCAGGAUCGGCUGGACUGCACAGCCAUGCAUUGGGCCUGCCGCGGGGGCCACUUAGAGGUGGUGAAACUUCUGCAAAGCCGAGGAGCAGACACCAAUGUGAGGGAUAAGCUGCUAAGCACCCCGCUGCACGUGGCAGUUCGGACAGGGCACGUGGAGAUUGUGGAGCACUUUCUAUCCCUGGGCCUGGACAUCAAUGCCAGAGACAGAGAAGGGGAUACUGCCCUGCAUGAUGCCGUGAGGCUCAACCGCUACAAAAUCAUCAAACUGCUGCUCCUGCAUGGGGCUGACAUGAUGACCAAGAACCUGGCAGGAAAGACCCCCACGGACCUGGUGCAGCUGUGGCAGACUGAUACCCGGCACGCCCUGGAGCAUCCUGAGCCGGGGGCUGAGCAUAACGGACUGGAGGGGCCUGAUGAGAGUGGGCGGGAGACCCCUCAGCCCGUGCCAGCCCAGUGAAUUUGUGCCCCAGCACAGCCAGCUACCCAGCCCCUCUCUGUGUGCAGCCAGAGGGUCCUAAGAAUGACUCUCAGAGCUAACGGAGGGCCCAGCCUUUUUUCUGCGUGAUACAGGAGCACCCACAAACUACCACAAUAAAAAAGCUGUUUUUGCUAA